AUGGGAAAGAAGACAGGCUUUUGGGCUUUCGUUGCAAAAGAACGAAGCCGUCUGAAAGAUUUGAAAGAGUUUCAAGUCCGAGACAUACUCCUCAGCCGCAUUCACGCCCAUCUGACUAAAUACUCAAGAAUAAUAUUUUCACUUUGUGCUUUAUCAGUUAUCAUCGCCGUCGUAGACAUCGAAACCUCUUAUGCAAGAAAUAAUAUAUUAUGCAUUAAAAUUCUUAAUGGCACAACUAUGUCCUGCCGCCUCGAACAGUUCACUUUCGAAGAUAUCCGUCAAACAUGCCCAAGAAUACUUUUCUUCACCUCUUUUUUGAAGCUUUCCCUCGCAAUCAUAAGUAUAUUUAUGAAUUAUGCUCUUUACCAGGAAACGAUGGCCAAUGAAAUUCAUCAUCGAAAGUUCGCGAAAAAAAACAUGGUCUGGCUGGUCGUUGUGUCGAUUACUAAUCUUGGCUUUGGAGACGUAGUGCCCAAUUCUUCUGGAGGCAGGAUUUUUGUCGGCAUCGCCUCGAUUCUCGGCACUCUGUUGACCGCUCUGAUGAUUGGAGUGAUGAGAGAUUGGCUCGAAAUUCCCCCGAAUGAGCGGCGCAUUCUAGCGGCAAUUAAACGCCAGCGAUUUCACAGACUCAAAAUGGAAGCUGCUGCCAGAGUGAUCCAAUGCUCGUGGAAAUACUACCGUCUUCGGAAACGAGCCUCGGUGAUUGGAAGUUUCAAAAACGCUAGCUUCUCGAACUCGCGAAAAAACGUCUCCUUCCGGCGAGGGAUGAGCGCGAUCAGUCGAAAAACCUGCGAGGAAAAUUUUCAGCGAAGUUUGAUGAAGUGGCGCAAAAUCAGACAAUAUAUCAGUCACGAGUUCAACACGCAAAUGGGGUCAGAAUCGAAUCCUGCCCAAAGAAAUGAGCAUCAACAGAGCGCGGAGUCGCACCAGGAGGGAACAGAGAGCCAUUCCGAUUUCGACUCGCCGCAGACGACGUUAGACAUGGACUGCGAAAGGCAGCAACACGCGAUUCAGCAACCGGCUCCGCCCGCUUUUCGCAGAUGGGCAAAGAUUCGAAAACAGAUCAGCGAAAGCGCAAGCUCUCCUCCCUGCCCGCAAAGGGAUCAAGAGCUUGUUUACGAGCAGCGAGUUCCGAUGCUCCAGCCGCAAAAGAGCGCCAACUCCAGUUUCAGUCACAACGACGAAAGAAACACGAAUCUUGACAAGAUCGAGGAUCAGCUCUCUAUGCUCUUGAACACGAUCAAGACGGAAAAAUUGAAAACGAAAAGAUGUCAAGUCCGACGGCAGCUUCCAGAAGUACUUGAUUCCAAGAGAAACUCGCCCGAGAUGCCAGCUACAGUGGCGGUUCACCAGCUUGUCCAGACAGUCCCGGAGCUUGAGCAGGAACAGUCAACGACAAUCACAGGAAAAAUCCCAGAUUGGUUAGAAGGAACAAUUUUACGCAACGGAGUUGGACAGUGGGACCUGGGAGGAGAAUCAGUUGUACACUGGUUCGACGGCCAUGCUCUCCUGCAUAAAUUCGAAAUAAAAAACGGCUCAGCUCGUUACUUAAACAAGUUUCUCCGCUCGGAUGUUUACAAGAAGAACACAAAGUUCGACAGGUGGAUUCUUUCUGGUUAUGGAACUCCGACGAAAUAUUCAGACCCGUGCUUGUCUCUCUUCGACCGUUUCGCUUCGUAUUUUCGAGCGCCCAGACAAAACGAUAAUUGCAAUGUAAACUUGUGGCCGAUCGGCGAUAAAGUGUACGCGAUGACGGAAACUACUGCGAUUCGGGAAGUGGAUCCAAAAACGCUAGAAACAGGAGAACGCAUCGCCUACAACAACUACAUGACUUUGCACACGGCAACCGCUCAUCCCCAUACUCUGGCGAGCGGCGAGUUUCUCAACAUGGGCAGCAGCUUUGGAAAAGAAACCAGCUACAAUGUGAUCCAAGUAGAUCCCACCGGCGACUUCAACAAAAUGAAGAUCGUUGCCAAAUUUCCAGCCACAAAUCCGAAAUGUCCGAGCUAUUUCCAUUCUUUUGGCCUCACUAAGAAACACAUUAUAUUUCUGGAAAUGCCCUACAGAAUCAACAUGUUGAAAAUGCUCACACGAAAGUUUACCAACGCUGCGCCAGCUGAGGCGAUGUUUUACGACAAGAAAGUUCCCUCCAGGGUGAAAAAUGGCGUGGGAUAUUUGUGGGAUCUCGCGCGCGCGGUGAAAAAACCUCCCAGGGCGUGUGGGAGCGGCGAAAUUCUGCCAAUAAAAAUCAAUACGGAAGGCAUGGGAAGCUUUCACUUUGGAAAUGCUUAUGAAAUCGAAGUUGACGGCGGAAUUUUCUGCGUUUGGGACGCUUGCCCAAAUUACAAAGCCCAGGGAGCUGCUCAUCUCUUCAACAUCGAGACACUUCGUUCUCGCUCUGCAGCGGAGAUCGAUGAAGCGUUCAAAGAAGCGGGUGAAAAUGAACUAGCGAGAUUUGUUUUCCCGAUCAAACUGCCGAAAAAGGCAACAGUGGGCGAGGACCUUAACAAGAGACUCGAAGGAAAAUUGAAAACAAGUGCCACUGCCGUUCUCAGAGAGGACGGAUCAGUCUGGCUGGAAAAAGAGUUGUUGAUUGACAACUCGGACGAAAAGGUCGGGUUCUAUGGAUUCGAGUUUCCGCGAUACAAUUAUGCGCUAAACGGCCUUCCUUACACGUACUUGUACGGAAACGGGUUCGGCACAAUUCUGCCGGACAGAAUCGUCAAAGUCAAUGUCAACACGAAGGAAAUCAAGAUGUGGCUCGAAAAAGACAUUUUUCCGUCGGAACCGGUUUUUGUUCAAAAUAAAUCCGUGACGGAUCCAAGUGCUCCGGGAGAAGAAGACAAUGGUGUCAUUUUGUCAAUUUGUGUUUCCACGAAAAAGGACGUGCCCGCGUUUCUGCUCAUUCUCGAUGCGAAAACGUUGACUGAAAUCGCACGAUGCACGACAACUGUAACUGGCUUGCCCUACGGUUUCCAUCACACUUUUUUGCCGUCUGACUUUUGA